AUGGAACAACGCAGAGAGCUGAACAGCAGCCCAGUGUUGAGCCUCAAGCCCAAGGAGCCUUCACUGGGAGAUCAUGGAACUGUGACGCUUGAGGUUUCCCUGAGCACUGAGGGUGAUGUCAGCAGCCUGAACAGUUCCAGAACAAAUUCAUUUGCCCCUCAGCAUCUCUUGGGGCACAAAGGCAAAACAAGUGCUGAUGACCUGAGAGCCAAGCUCAAGAAGAAGCUGCACAAGUCUAAAAGCAUCAAGACUGCAAAAAGCAUUGUCCCACACCAGCCCCAGCCUUCCAGGCUGAAGCAUGUGGUGGAAAAGACACCCUCAAGCUGGGAUCAAGAGAAGAUGGAGUCACUUUUAUACUCAGAAGGAUUAAAGCCCUCGGCUGUAGCUGGUGGAUUAAAACCUGCUGAGGAUGCCUCCAUCACUGGACCACACAGAGAUGAGGAGGAAGUUCCAGCUCCGAAGAAGUACUAUGUCAGGACACACAAAUGGCACAAGAAGAAGGACAGCCAGUAUUGGGUUGGAUAUAAUCAGCUUUUCUACCAGGUUUGGAGACCUGUGAAAGUGCGAAGUUCCAGAUCUGACCAGGGUCUAAACAGGAACCUGGAUUUUCUCUCUGACCCAUUGGUUCAGAGCCACCCUGCUGUGAGCAGCAGAGGAGGAGCCACGGCUGAAGAGGAGCAUUCCUCUCUAGAUAGGCACCACCUGAUCAACCCUGACACCACAGAGGAGGAAGCCUCCAUGCUCCUCAAUAAACCUGUGAGCCCCCAAAGUCCAGACUUUGUGCCAGUUCCAAAAGAACUGGAAACCAAUGUUGAUCAUCGCCUGCGCUUGCUGGAGGCACACAAAGGCCUGCAGACAUUCAUGGCCCACGUGGAGCGAGCCCUGAGGAAGGACUGCAGCCUGCCCCAGCUCAAGCAGGCCUGUGCCAAGAUGGUCUCGAAGACCAGGCUGCUCCUAAAGGUACUCAGUGAGAGGCAAGAGAACCAGGGAGCCUCUGAUCCCAUGGGCCAGUGUCGUCUGCAAGAGAACAUGAUAAUUCACAUGGCCUUGGGGAAGGGCAAGAAACUCAAAGUGAAGCAGAAACUAGAGGCUGUGCUGUACGUGAGCACAUUUGUGGUUUUGCUGUUUGUCUUCGUCUUCGUUUUGCUGAUACUGAAGUGUGUCUUCCACAAGUACCCCCGACGUUGCGAACUUGACUCCCCACCCUGCCACACCAGGGACUCUUGGCUGAGAAGGUUCUGUGUAAAACUGCCACAGAGAGGGAGGAAGGAUAACAAGGAAGCACAGAAUGUAGAGCAGAAAAGGGCAGGGAGCUCCUCCAAGUGUUGCUCCUGUUCCCAUGCUAUUCAUGGUGCUUCCCAGUGCUGUUCCCUGUUUAGGAAGUCUGAAUUGCCAUGGAUUCAACGCAUCAGGGAUGCCUAUGAAUCCCAGAGAUAAGCAUCCCAGGAAGAGACAGAGUGUGAAGAAGUAAGGGGGAAGACUUUCAAGAAGUUAAUGGGAUGCCAGCAAUUCUUCACCUCCCAUUUUACCUGAGGCUCUCCUUGGAUGCUGCUUUGUUGGCUGUUGUUAUUUCCUUGGAUGCUUUUUCCUUGACUGUUAUUUUCUUGCUGUCACUGCUGAGGGAAGCCCGGAGGCUGCUGCAAGCAAGCAGAAGCUCGGGACCCGGAGAGGAGGCAACAGUAUCUCAGGGUUUUCCUCAUCCCUUGUGGCAAAGU